CCUGGCUGGAGCCUGCUGGUCCAGGGACAGUCCAACUCCAGAGAGGACAGGUAAGGGGCACUGCCCAACCCCCAGGCUCCCUCUGGGACCUCUAGGGGUGACUGGGCAUAGGGCUGUGGGGCAGGUCAGCUGUGUGCUGCUCUCAUGGCCCACAAUGCCCCUAUCCAGGUUUGAGAUCAACUUCUUGUCGGAGUCAGGGGACAUUGCCUUCCACGUGAAGCCCCGCUUCUCCAGCGCCACCUUGGUGGCCAAUGCUUUCCAGGACGGCAGCUGGGGCCCAGAGGAGGUGUCCAGUGUCUUCCCGUUGGUGCUGGGGGAGCCCUUUGAGCUGGAGGUCCACGCAGACGCGGCACACUUCCACAUCCACGCCCAGGGGCUGGAGGUGCUACACUUUGAGCAUCGCCACAGGCCCCUGGCAGCGGUCACCAGGGUGCAGGUGCUGAGUGAUCGUCGCCUGGCCCAGGUUGAGCUCACCAAGAGGGGCCUGAGCUGGGAGUGA